GUUAUAAGCUUCCGGAAAAGAGGUGCGUUGUGGGAUACAUGCUGGCCUCUUUUUCACGUGGUUCUCAAAGAGCAGCAUGGGAGCCAAAAAACCAGACCCCAAGGCAGGGGCAAAGGGGGGAAAAGCCCCAGCAAAAAAGAAGGAAGGAGGAGGAGGAAAGGCCAAAAAGAAGAAGUGGUCUAAGGGAAAAGUCAGGGACAAGCUGAACAACUUGAUUUUGUUUGAUAAGGCAACAUAUGACAAAUUUUCAAAAGAAGUGCCCACAUACAAACUUAUCACACCGUCAGUAGUUUCUGAGAGAAUGAAGAUUCGUGGAUCUUUAGCCAAGCAGGCCCUCAGAGCCCUACACAAAGAAGGUAAAAUCAAGUUGGUGUCCAAGCAUCACUCACAGCUAAUCUACACCCGUGUGACCAAGGGGGAUGAAGGAGAAGAUGCAUAGAUGAAUAAAUGUGAAAAAAAAUGUG